AUGGCUGUAUUCAAGUUAUUUAAACCCGCCGCCAUUGUGACAAUACCCCAGGGAAUAUCAACCUCCAGAAAUUCCUUGUACGGCGUAGCAAUCUUCAGCAACGGCCAAAAAAACCCUAAGGUCACGCCAGAGGACUGUGAAAUCAAUAUUCAAAAGCUGAAUAAAGAUGGUCCUCUGGCAUCAAAAGAUGCAGACGCCACAAAGGAAAACAUCACUGGCAUAUGCCGCAAGUGGAAAAGGUUCUGCGAAUUCAGAAACGAGCAAUACUGGCGGGCAGCUAUUCAAAGUUAUCUCGACACUAUCUUAACCAAAGAGUUCACUUUAAGAGGAGAAAAGACGGCAAAGCCAGUGUUGGGAGCAGACGACCUUAUCCUCCUCCUCACCCAUCAUUGGGCCCGGGACACAUCUAUUUUUCCAACCGGAGAUCAGCGUUUGGCACUUGCAACAAUCAUGCUCCUCCUUAUCUAUACCGGCUGUCGACCCGCCGAGUCGGUUGAUGCAGCCAAAGGGAAAAUUGCUAUUGGUCGUGAUCAAACAUAUGAAGACGACAAUUGGGAUAAUGAAUGUGAGGGCUUGGAUAAGACGAAAGAUGAUGAUCCUAUAUAUGAGAAUCCAGAGCCUUGGGUCGAUCCAAAGAUCUCCGAUUGUGAUGAUAAGGAUGAUGAGGAUAUUCUUACACGAGAAUAUAAAGCUCUCUGUUAUGAAGAUAUCCGUCUUUGGACUGUCCGAAAUCCUACCCCUGGAGAAAGCGAUCUCCUUGGAAUGGAGAUCACUCUUGCUCAUCACAAAGGAGCUGAUAGGAAACCCAAACCGACUACGUUUCUUUUUCACGAAGAAGCUUUACCAAUUCUUUGUCCUGUUAGCCAUAUCUUAGCCAUUGCCAUCAGGGAUAAUGCAAUCAAGGUAGACGGAUUUACUCACGCCGAACCGUUUUUUACAAGCAACCUACAAGACCCUACAAAAGCAGUUCUGGUGCAUUGGAAGCCAGAGAAACUCAAAGUACCGAUCUUUCGGCAGACGGUAUGGACAUUUGAUGGUCUAUCAACAUCAGAACAUAAGGCCCUUUGUUACUCGACCUUUGCAUAUUACCUUGACCGUCUUGGUUGGGCUACCGGAUUUGCACAGAAGCUAACUAGCUAUUGUUUCCGUCGAGGUACUGGGAAUGCUGUAGACGGUAAGAGAUUUCUGGGCAGCUACAACUUCUGUACGUGA